UAAUCUUGAACACUCCAGAUGGAGGAGGGGGCAUUAAACACAAAAAUGGAAGAUUUGAAGUUACAUGGCUUUUGGUAUAGUCCCUUUACUAUGAGAGUGGUAUGGACUCUGAAGUUGAAGGGUCUACCAUAUGAAAACAUUGAAGAAGAUCGCUACAAUAAGAGUCCUCAACUUCUAGAAUACAACCCUGUGCAUAAGAAGAUUCCAGUGCUUGUUCAUGGUGGAAAACCCAUUUGUGAGUCCAUGAUCAUUGUUCAAUACAUUGAUGAGUUAUGGCCGCAGAAUCCAUUGGUCCCUCUUGAUCCCUAUGAGAGAGCUCACGCAAUGUUUUGGGUUGCAUAUUCUGAACAAAUGAUUCCUGCACAGAAAGAAAAGGACGUAGAGAAGGCCUUGGAAAAUUUCAAAGUCCUUGAAGAUCAUUGCUUAGCUGAUAAGAGGAAAUUCUUCGGUGGAGACAAAAUUAACAUUGUGGACAUAGCUAUUGGAUCACUCUUCGCAUUUUUUGUCACUAUAGAAGAUAUUAAACAAGAGAAGGUCCUAGUAGCUGAAAGGUUCCCUCUCUUACAUUUAUGGUUUGAUAAUUUCAAGAAUGUUUCAAUCAUCAAAGAAAACUUCCCUGACAGGGAAAAAAUGUCAGCUACCAUAAAAUCUAUCAUGGAGAGGAGGAGGUUGGCAUCUUCCUAAGAAGUCAUAAUCACUACGUCCUUGUUUCUUUAUAUUACCAAGUACUAACAUUUUGUUGAGUUUGUUGUCUUAUUGUGUUUUAAAGUAGAAUAAAAGUUUGAAUUUACUGUAUUUCUUGAAAUAAUCAAUUAGGUUUCGUUUUAAA